GUCUUUGUUUUUUCCCUUCCCCUCGUGCUAGGGUUUAAGCGCACAGAAGGGAGGAGCAGAAUAAGGCGACUAGUUUAAGAUGAGCCGGAGUCUGGGGAUCCCCGUGAAGCUGCUUCACGAGGCAGCGGGGCACAUCGUCACGGUGGAGCUCAAGAGCGGCGAGCUCUACCGGGGCAACAUGAUCGAGUGUGAGGACAACUGGAACUGCCAACUCGAAAGCAUCACAUAUACUGCCAAGGAUGGGAAAGUAUCACAGCUCGAGCAUGUUUUCAUACGAGGGAGCAAAGUAAGGUUUAUGGUCAUCCCUGAUAUGCUUAAGAAUGCACCAAUGUUUAAGCGCUUGGAUGCUAGAAUCAGAGGCAAAGGAUCUUCUCUUGGAGUUGGUCGUGGUCGUGCUGUUGCCAUGCGUGCAAGGGCCCAAGCAGCUGGGCGCGGUGGCCCUCCUGGUCGAGGAGCUGUUCCUCCAAUUAGAAGAUAGGGACGAUCAUCAUCUCUUUCCAAGCAGAUGCUGUGUUACCUUUCGUUCCUCCUAUCCUAUGUGCAGAGUUCUUGUGCUAAAAAAAAUGCUUUGUUUUGCUACAUUUGACUCUCUAUUUUCUGCAAAUUGUUGUGACUUUGAAUCAUUUUUGUUUCUCUGUCACUACUGUGAUAUUAUUGCUUGAACGUUUAGAAAUUUGUUGAUGAUAA